CUGGGAGGAGCGGGCGGAGGGAUACGUUUCCAUGGGAACGCCAGGAUCUUGCCCAUAAACCUGUGGCCUUCCGGGCGGUGUCCUGCUCCCUCCCCUCCCCUUCCCCUUUCCUGAACCCUAAGGAUCCUCCUAACCUUUCCCAACCUUUUUACCUCUUCAUUUUAAUCUAGGAACUGACAGCGACAGUAACCUAAGUACAGGUACAUUAGACCGUUCUGUGAAAGUCUGUAAAAUUUAACCGCUGAUGCCGCUUUCGCCACCUUUGAGGUACCUGGCCUAGUCUGCUGCUCAGUGAACUUUAAGGCUCAACAGAGCAACACUUCAGGCUGAGCUUUGUGUGGAAGAAGAGACCCUGGUCAGGAGUGCAGCAGCUACUUACAUUGCAACUCCACCUCAGAUAUUCCUACCUCUAAUCGAGGAAGCAAAUAUGUCACGGUUCCAAAGACAUGAGGACAAUGACGAGUACCUGUUAAAUACCUUUAGUCUGAGUGAAGGUGAGACUGAUAGAAUGGCAAAAGUAACUAGAUCAAUCAAUCUAAGAGACAGUGAAGCAGAGGACAAGUUCGAGGAUGCCCAUGAAAUUAUCCCUGUGGCAACAACAAUGAGUCUUUUAUCAUCCUUGGAAGAAUGCACAACUGGAUUGUAUUUGUUUCUAAAUAACAGAUUCUCAGAUGCCAUCAAUCUUAUUCACCCAUGGUCAAAAAACAGCUCCUACCACGCCCUAAUAUACAGUAUGUUUAUGGUUGUCAAGGCCAUCCUCACCUUUGAGCCACAGGAUAUCCAGAUCGGAAUGACUGCUGCAAAGGAAGCUUUGAAAACCUGUAACAAUUUCCGAAAAAAACCCAGGAUAAUGACUUUAUCUCGCCUAGUGAGUAGGCAAGGAAUAAAGUCUAUCAAAGAAGAGGAAUUACAUGCAGAAGUCUGUUAUGCUGAGUGUCUAGUCUUGAAGUCUGCUAUAACAUUUAUACAGGACGACAGCUUGCUGAGUUUCCUCAAAAGUGGUGUCAAUGUUGGGUCAAGCUAUCAAAUAUACAAAGACUGCCAACAAGUCUUAGAACUUAUGCCUGAGAACCAAAGUAAAACCCACAGACACCUGAAUGGAGGGAUAAAAUUUGGAGUUGGAGUAUUCAAUCUGAUGUUUUCACUUGUACCACCAAAAUCACUUAAACUUCUCAAUAUGGUUGGCUAUUCUGGAGAUAGAGAUGUGGGCCUGGCGUUGCUUCAUGACAGUGCAUCCGAACCUCAUAUAAACAACAUCUUAAGUGUGUUCACUCUUCUCUUUUAUUACAAUUACGUGCGUGUAGUUGUUGGUGUUGAAAAGGCUUCUACUGCUGCUACAGAGAGUCUCUUCCUGAUAUACCUGGAGAAAUUCCCCAACUGUGUUGUACUUAAAUUUUUUCGUGCACGUUUUAACAUGCUAAAUGGGAACUUUGAAAGUGCAAAGUUGAAGUUACAAGAGUGCAUUAUUACCCAGAACGAAUGGAAGCAGGUUCAUCACCUCUGUUACUGGGAACUCAUGUGGUGCCACAUUUUUUUGCAGAAUUGGAAGCAGGCAUACAACUAUGCCAAUCUGCUGUAUCAGCAUAGCAGGUGGUCUAAGGCAAUCUACACGUACAGCAAAGCUAUCAUACUGGCCUUGCUUCCUCCUGACUCUGUGGAUUCAGAGAACGAGAGUUUGAGCUCUUACUUCUUACGCGUGGAUAGCCUAAGAAUCAAGUUUUUAGGCUCUUCUGUGCCCAUAGAAAAGUUUAUUGCUGAGAAAAGUCAGCGCUAUGGUACAACGACGGGUUGGUUCACAGCACAGCCCCUUCUGGAGUUCAUCUACGCCUGGAGUGGCUUCCGAGUCAUGAGUAAGAAAAUUGAUCUUAUUUCAAGUUGGCUAUUGAUAAUUGACAAAGGAAAAGAGCUUUUGAAUGAAAACCCAAACGAGGAGUAUGGCAUAGAUGACAUGAGCUUGUUAAAUCUGCUGAAAGGCCUGUGCCUGAAGCACUUGGGCAAGCAUCUGAAGGCCGAGCACUACUUUAUUCGUGUUAUCAGGAAAGAGAAAAUGUUGAAGUAUGACCACUAUUUGGUGCCAUAUAGUUACUAUGAACUGGGAAUGCUGCACUAUUUGAAAGGAGACUAUGCCAAUGCAACGAAAAACCUGGACAUCAUAAAGAACUAUAAAGACUAUUCCAUGGAAGCCCGGCUACAGUUUAGGGCUCAUAUUGCCCUUGAACAAAUAGCUAAAUUAGAAAAGUGCUUCUCUGUGGUGUGAGUGAGCUAUCUACAAUCAGUCAAGUAAUUAGCGGGUAGAAAAGUAAUUCCUCUGGGAAAAGCAAAAAUCCAAGCGGCAGCUGCUAAGAACCUGCUAAGUAACUAAGAAAGGGACCCACCAUUGCUUUGCUCUCUCUCCUCCUCCUUCCCCAUAAAAUGCAAUAC